AUGUCCAAGGGUGUCCCGAGCGCGCAGAACGCGCGCCCGUACAGGCUGUGCGCGUGCGCCGCACAGUGGACGUCGGGCCUCGCCGACCCGCAGCGCACCGAAUUCGUGACGGUCGACCUCAGCGACCCCCAGUUCGACCUUGACGCGCCGACGUUCCGCCGCCUCCGCGCCGCCGUCGACGUCGUCAUACACAAUGCCUGGAAGGUCGACUUCAACCACAGCCUCGCCUCGUUCGAGGAAACACACAUUCGCGGCGUGCGCCACGUCGUCGACUUCGCGUUGGCCUCGGAGCGGCAGCCGCACAUCUUCUACGUGUCCUCGCUGUCGUCGGUCGCCAACUGGUCGGCCGUCCAGGGUGUCCAGGGUGUCCAGGGUGCCGGUGCCGGCGUCGAUGCGCGGGCACCGACCAGCGUCCCCGAAGCGCCCCUCGACGACCCCCGCGUGGCCCUCACCAUGGGCUACGGCGAGUCCAAGCACGUCGCGGAACAGGUCCUGGCGCGUGCCGUUGCCAACGCAGGCCUCUAUGCGACCACGCUCCGCGUCGGCCAGGUGGCCGGGCCACUCGCUGCCGACGGCGGCCAGUGGAACCCGACCGAGUGGCUGCCGAGCCUCGUGCGCACGUCGCGGGCCCUGGGCCGUCUGCCCAGCGCCAUGAACACCAUCGAAUGGAUCCCCAGGACCCGGCGGCUGGCCGGCCCUCAAGAUCUUUGCGCGGGGACAUUCGUCGUGCUGCUGAUCCGCUCCCGGCAAGUCGGAUGCCGCCCCUUGGAGCGGCAUUCAGAGAAACGUGCAGAGCGUUAUGAGGCCGCGGUAGAAGUCCAAUAUUUUGAGAGCGGGCAGGGCCUCGAGGUCGGGCUCGCCGGUCGUCUGGCGGUUCUGGUCGGCUGUCUGGAGGGCCGCCAGCCAUUCGUCAAACGAGACGACCUGGAUGCCGUGCCACGCAUUUUGCAUCACCGCCACCAGGUCGUCCCAUUGCCCGACGGCCGGGUUCACGAGGUUGUAGACGCCCGUGCUGCGCUGGGCGUAGUCGUGGUGCACGAGGUCGCGCACGAUGGCGGCGAGGGCGUCCACGCCACAUGGCGUCGUUGA